AUGAUCGAGCAAUAUCUUUCUGUCGCGUGUCUCACAGUGCUGUUGCGUCAUCACGGCAGUCUUGUACAGGCGUCUCAGUCUCGCGCGCGUCACUCCAGACGGCACCUGAGCAGAGCCGCGGCUAGACGCGAUGCAGCAGCAGCCCGCGCCGCAGACGCACGCGAGAACGCGGAUUCCGCAGAUCAGUAUGGGAGGCGUCGUCGUACGGCUCUCUGGUGCUCCAUCGCUCUGUUCGGACUCUCAGUUCUGGCGCUGGUGAUCGGACUGCUGUGUGCCACUCAAACUGAUAAUGUGGCCGUGUCUGGAUACUAUCCCGGCAUUAUCCUGAGUUUUGGAGCAUUCUUGGGGGUCGUUGGACUGAAUCUGGUGGAGAAUCGCCGGCCGAUGCUGCUGGCGCCCAUCAUCUUCAUCAGUAUCGGUGUCUAGUCGUGUUUUCUCUGCGCCAUCAUCGACGGCAUCAUCGCAGCCGAAUUUCCUGUCUCUCUGUAGGACAGAAGAACGCUUGUGGAGGGCCGUUGUGAGUUUUACUCCAGUGCUUCUGGUUAUUCCUAUGAGAGUUAUUACACUCAGGUUCACUGUCAUUCUUACGGUAAUCAGUGUGAACUGAGAAUAAAGAGCAACACGUGUUACUGCUGCGACUUACACAGCUGUGACAGCUCAGAUUAUCACGCGCAGUAUUACAUGUUCACGGGCGUGCGCAGCUGCUGGGACGUGGUGUAUCUGUACCGGCUGCUGUGGGCGUGCGUGUCGCUCAAUGUUCUGGGUGUGUUUCUGGGCAUCAUCACCGCUGCUGUACUAGGAGCCUUCAAAGAUCUCACUCCAGCGAUUCGCAGUCAGACGUCAGCUAGUCCGGCUCCGCCACCUCACAUCCUGUAUAACCCCACGCAACACCUCAUCACCUACACCGGCUUCUGCCCGUCUGGACAAACUCUCCCCGGUUACCCCAAUUACCCUUUACAAAUGCAGCACAUGAACAGUUACCCACCACCCACGGCAGAUCAGACGAGCACUGAAGUCUCGACCUCGCCAUCUGACGACACUCAAACCUCCAUCCACGCCAGCACAAAUCCACCUGGACUGGCUCAAUCCACAUCUCAGGGCACAAGCGGAUACAUGCUGACCCCAAACGCACCCUCGCUCUAUGCACACUCCUUAGGGCCCCUUGAGAAACCUCCACCCUACGCCUGCUGAAUACGACAACUCCUCGAACAACUCGUGA